CUGCAGUACAUAUAUAUGUACACCCACCAGUUAGCUUGUAAGCUGCCAAAUGGUCGUCGUUGUAUAACAUAAGUUGUCCGUUUGACGUUUUGCAUCUUCCAACGCCAUCUCUGCAUGGAACACAACAGUCGACGUCGACACAGACCGCGGGUGGCCAAGGAGAAGCGCAAGCGAACCGAGCAGGCAUGUGAGCGAUGCCGGCGCCGCAAGAGUCGCUGCGUUGUCCCUGAUUCCAACACCUCUGUCGCGUGUACUCGGUGUGCAAGCAGCAGGCAACGCUGCUCGCUGAUGUUAACUGAGUCAGUUCAGCAUCUGGAUGCGGUGGGGUCCGAACCGGUCGGAAGACCGGUGCUACCUAUGCCCACAGGGACGCCGCACAAGACAAUGGACCUUACAGCUGUUCAUUCUACAUCUGAUGUAUCACCAGAAGACAUGGUCUCCCUGGAUCUUGACUGGUCCAACGCCCAAGGAGACUUUAUCCCGCGAAUUCGGGAAGCCAUGUUCCUCAGCCCAGGGCAGAAAGACUUAACCCGCUUGAACGAAGGGAACUCAUUUUCUUUGGGAUCUAGACACGAACUGCAUAUUGAUCAGCGCCUUUUGCGGAAUGCCGUCAAGGCCUUUCCUCCUAAGCAAGUGGCGGAUUUCCUUGUCUCCACGUGUAUCGAGUUUGGCUCCGACAGCUUUUUUUACUUCCACCAAACAGCGUUUCGGCGGGAUCUGGAUAGCAUUUACGCCGGCCAUGGGGACCAGCCACUCAACUGCUCAUGUGUGGUGAUCAGUCUCGUGGUCUUUGCGUUGGGUAGCCAGUUUGCACAUCUCGCGUCGAAACCCUCACCAAACCCCCGGCCCGAUCUCAGCUAUGAACCUGGUGUGGCGUUUAUUGACAGUAUCCGCCCUCUCAUUCCAGAUCUCAUCCAGUGCCCAUCUAUUACCUCUGUUCAAGUUUUCUUUCUGAUGGGCAUCUAUUUCUUGCCAUCCGAUGCACGAAACCAAUCUUAUUUCUACAUGGGACUGGCUCUGCGCAUAGCCAUCUCUCUAGGCAUGCACCGUCGCAGCAAGAUGAAAUCUUGCGCAGAUCCUGGAUCUGUCGAGAUCAGCAAUCGACUGUGGUGGUCCCUGUACUCGAUGGAACGGCUCGUCAGUGUCAAAAUCGGCCGACCUGAGUUCAUUAGAGAAGAUGAAAUGGACGCCCCCCUUCCCACAGCACUUUCUACUCUGGAUGAAGUGCAGAUCAAUAACAAUAUUCAUCAUCAGAUUGCGAAUGCGACUCUCACGCGGAUACUGAGCCGGCUAGUACAAAAGAUAAAUCUAGCCUUUAUCUCUCAAAAUCAGACAGCCUUACGCUCUCUUGAGACCUUCAAAAUUGAGCUUCACCAUUGGCAAGAACAGUUACCACCCACUCUCUCCCUGGAGAACCUGCUCUCCCAGGGCCAAGAGAAGAAGGGUUCCCGUGCUGUAGCCCACCUUCACCAAAACUAUCAUAUCGCCUGGAUCAUCAUGUGCCGCAUCCCAUUACUCCGAAUUGUUCGUGGCCGACUGAAGCGGAUCCUCGUCGACUCCUCGUUCAAAGAACCGACCGACUCGGCCACCAUUGAACAUGCCGGACUCUGCGUGCGAGCUGCGAAAGAGGUCCUCCAGCUCUUUGAGGUGCUGUGGGCUAAGGAACGGCUAGCGCUAUUCUCCUUCACUGAUUUCCACGGCUGCAGUACGGCAACGAUCGUCAUCUUGCUUGCCGGGAUUCUUGAGCGAGACUCGGAAUACGAUCGCCGGGUAGAUUUUGGACUGGCGUCGCUGCGAUUCAUCGCGGCUGGAAACCGCACCGCCAGGGUUGGGGUACAGUUCGUCGAGCGCUUUCAGAAUAUUGCCGACGAAGCGGUGAUGGAAAUGCAGCAUCGACUCCGUCGACCGCCGGAUCUCUUGUCUCCAGAAACAGCCUCUGGAUACGACUCGUGGCUCCAAUGGCUCGCAGCAACCGGACAAGCAGGCCCAGAUGAAGAACAACAGGGCGAUGACGACGACGACGGCGACGGCGAUGGCGAUGGCGAUGGCGAUGGCGAUGGCGAUGCCGAAAAUGGUAAUGAUGAAACGCCAUCACAGUAUGUCCCCGUGGAAUCUGCGGCGGGAACAGCGGAGGUGCAUGAUAGUAGCUUCCUACAACCGACCGUCGAGUACAUGGAUGCUGUGUCGUCAAUAUCUCAUGACCUUUACUCGGAAGCUCCUCCUGCACUCCCUACGAUGAUGGGCUGGACGGAUGCACCCCCAAUAUCGGCCUAUGGAGAUCCAUUCAUAUUGGGCCUAACAGGACUGGACGUGUUGAAUUUCAGUAAUUGGAAUGACUUUUGA